CAAUCCAAAGAAUACAGUAAAUAAUUCACUACUUUAUUCGUUUCUUCAUUAUAACAAAGUUAUAAAUCCAAAAUGAGCUUCGAUCAAUCCUCAAAUAGUAACAGUACGAACGACAAGCCGGAUAGGAAGGUGCUCGACCGUAGCAAAACUGACGACUUGCAAAUUUCGCGAACAGACAUGAACAUGUUGAUUAUGAAUUAUUUAGUCACAGAGGGCUUCAAGGAGGCUGCAUUAAAAUUCCAACAAGAGGCUGGACUGCAAGAGCCUGCUCUCUGCAGCUCUCUGGAUGAGCGCAUCAUGAUCCGUGAGGCAGUGCAGAGCGGCCGCAUCCCGGACGCCAUUGCCAUGGUCAACUCCCUUCACCCGGAGCUGCUAGACAAUGAUAGAUACUUGUACUUCCAUUUGCAGCAACUGCAACUAUUGGAGCUGAUCCGCGCCGGGCGCGCCGAGGAGGCCCUGUCGUUCGCAUCAGCUACCCUAGCCGAAGCUGGCGCCAACGACCGCACCGCGCUCACCGAGCUGGAGCGCUCCCUCGCGCUGCUCGCGUUCCCAGACCCGCACGCGUCGCCCUUCGCUGAUUUGUUACUGCCAUCCCACAGCCAGAAGGCAACCAGCGAGCUAAACGCAGCCAUACUAAAGAUGGAGAAUCAAGAAUACACCAACCCCAAACUAUGCAGCCUUCUGCGCAUGAUCCUCUGGUCCCAGAGUGAAUUAGACAAGCACAAUAUCAAGUACCCAAAGAUGACCGACCUAGCCAAUGCCACUAUAGAGAAUCCAAGUUUUAAGUAAGUUUUGAUGUGGUCUAUUUAUAAAUUUAAUGUCUGUAUUUUAUUACCAUUGUAGUUUUUACAUAACACUCAAUUACUAAAUAAAAAAGUUCCAUCUAAUCUUACA